UCCCUGUCGCUCCCUCGGACUCCCAAACGCAACGGCUUUCCCUCGCUUCGCUCUUCUACCCCUUGGCAGGAUUCCGGACUAGUCCCAUUUCUCCCACCUUCCGAUUAAGGGCGCCACAAUCCUCCCUCGCUGCUAGCUUUCACUGCUGCGGCGCUAUAUCCGGGGGAUGCGUCCUACCAGCUCGCCAUCAGCGUGAGCACAGGGCCAUCGCAGCAACGACCACUGGUUGGAAGCUAAACUUGCAGGUGCUGAAUCCCUCGACCGCUGCUUGUACCUUUUCUCCUGGUUUCUGGUCCCGGCUUCUCGAGCUUGUCCUAUUUCCACCAUGUCGUCGACGUCCUCCUCGGUGUCGGGCUCGCUGUCGCCGUCCUUACCUUCGUUCUCGCCCAACUUCACCCCAAGCCCGCCACCAGCGCCCACCGGAUCCAGCUCCGGCGCGGGCGGAAAUGGCGGCAAUGAUGGCAACCAGAACAACUUUGGGUCGAAUCCUCAGCUGACGUCAUCCGCCUCUCUAUACUGUACGUCUCAUCGAUACUUUGAGCAUGACUGUUGUCUGCGCUUGAAUGAUUGUGGAUGGAACUGUUGCUGAGCGACGGCACGUCUUCUGCCCGCAGUGUACACCUUUCUCGGUGAGUAUCGAAUUUCAUGACUUAUGUUCUCUCACACUCCGGAAUGGGCUUUUGGGCGUUGACUUGUGCGCAGGCCGGCAAGCUGCGCGCAUUACGAGCAGGUUAGGACUUCCGAGGCAAAUCAGACGUCUCCUGUUAUUUCUGGGGGCUUCUUUGAGCCUUGUACCAGACUGCGAGCAGAGGUUCGAGUGCAACUCGUGCUUGGAACUGCCGUACGCACUGCGCAUCUCUAGCUGCGACGAAAACGUGGGAUGCCAGUGUAGAUACUUGCUAUAAUCCCCGUUGUUUGGGUUUCUUCUUUUCGAUCCCCGAUGCGACGCUGCGACUUCAGCCCUCUUCCUUCCCCCCGCUCCCCUGGCCCCUGCUUUGACUCUGUGUUCACGACUCCUCCUCACGUCGACGCUUCACGAAAAUCAAGUAAUGAUCUUCCGUGUUUCAACUCUUCAUCUCCCCUAAUUUUAUGCCCGAGUCUACGCCCACGUCAGCGCCCUCGUCCACGCAUGCAUCGAAAUCUAGCAUGUCCUCGUUACCGCGAAUUGCUGAGAUUGUCCUCAUCACAGCCACAAUCGUGCUCCUGCUCCUCGUAUCAAUCACAAUCGUCGCACGGUCAUACGCGCUCCGGAGGCGACAUCAGGCCGCCGUUGCGGAGGCGAUCGCGAACGGGACAUAUGUGCCCCCGAAGAAGCCAGGAGUGGGGGAGAAACCAAAGAUGUAUGAAGUAUAUUUAGGCGACGAAGGGGAGGAGACGGAGGCGUUUUCGGCCGAAAAGGAGAAGGAAAAGCAGCGGGAACAGGUCGGACGUGGGCUUAUGGUGGACUGGGAUCGUAUCAUGCCCAUAGCGUGCAGGUGGUUGAAUCCUCCCGGUUCUACCCAAAGCCCUGCAUCGACGCCAGCGCCUACCGCUGCACCGACACCGGCAACCAUUCAGCGACGAAUACGCCUUCCGUUCUUCAUCCCUCAGCUGCGUAUACCCGGCACAGGCCGUCGUCGAACCACAUCUUCUUCCGCCUCCGUGCCCCUGGGCCCGAUUUCCGCAGCGCCUCAAACAUCACAUUCACGCACGUCCGUCAUGUCAACAGAAAAG